CCAGCCAACGAGAGAGCAAUGGCGCCAAAGCAGAAGGGUGGCAAUGGGCGGCAGAAGAUUGCCAUCCGGCGGAUCGAGAAGGAGAGCGCCCGACAGGUGUGCUUCUCCAAGCGGCGGCAAGGUCUGUUUAUCAAAGCCACCGAGAUGGCGGUGAUGUGCGGCGCUGAGGUAGCCAUCGUCGCCUCCUCACCCGGCGGCAAGGCCUUCUCCUUCGGCCACCCCUCCGCCGAGGCCGUCAUUGACCGCUUCCUGUCAGGGGGCGGUGCGGGAGUCCUGAGCGUCGCUAACGAUAACGAGCUGAAGAAGUUGCACCUUCAGCAUGGCGAGUUGCGCAUGUUGCUGAAGGAGGUGAAGGAGCGCAAAGAGUGCGUGGAGGAGGCCAUGGCAAAGGAGCGCGCCGCGGGGGAUCAGAUUGCGAUGUGGCUCAACCCCAAACUAUGCGACAUGGGGGAGGAGGAGAUGAUAGCCUUCGCCGCGGAGCUGAGGGUGGUGCGGGCUGCCGUCUCAGAACGCACAAACCAGGCGCUCCUGGAUGAGCAGAACAUCCACCGCAUGCUCCAGGCGCGGGCGCCGCCGCUACAGCAGCUCUUCGGUGGCAGUACCUUUGAGUUUGGUAGCAGCAGCAGCGCCAACACUGGGAUGGAGAUGCAACAGAUGCAUAUGGCGAUGCCUCCGAUGCAGGGAUUCGCUGCCGGAAUGGAUAUGCACCAUAUGCCAAUGGAGAUGCCUCCGCCACUGGGUUCGGCCUACGGGAUGGAUAUGCAGCAGAUUCUUAUGCCGACUCCUUCGCCAUCCAUGUUCGACGCCGGGAUGGAGAUGCAGCAGAUGGUUACAGUGAUGUCGCCGCAGCUAGAGUUCGCCACGGAGGCAGAGAUGCAGCAGAUGUUUAUGGCGAUGUCUCCGAUGUCAGAGUUGUCCGCCGGGAUGGAGAUGCCGCCGCCCACGGGAAUAGCCGCGGGGGUUGAGAUGGUGCAGCAGGGGCCCGGGCCGAACAUGGGCUUUCCGUACUGAGGAGAAGGAGACAAGAUCCAUACCGAGUCCGAGUCCGAGUCCGAAUCCGAGUGUCUUAAUCAGUCCGAGUGAGACUAUCCAUUGAUCCAUUGCAUGCAUGGAUGGACGCCGAUCCAUUAGUUCAUUGCCACUCUAGUUAUAUUAUUCAUCGUGCUUGAUCGAUCUACCUGGGUGCAAGAUUUGUUAUCGUAGUAUUAAUUAAAUUAAUGGCUUGUAAUCUUCGUAUCGGUGGCACUAUGACAAAAAAGUAAAGAACAAAAAUACUAUUAAGCCUUUUCUUUGGUUCUCUCUGCUGGCAACAACACAAGAAUGAAAUGUGAUGUAGUCGUGAAUCUUGACCACUCCAAAAAAGAACAAUUUAUAUCCCCGUCGUACUUAAACAUUUUCUUAGAAUAUAUUUAUUGGACAUGUGAAUUGUGUUUAUUUCAGUAGAUUUGAAACAUGGAGAAAA